GAUCCAAACCAACGGGUCCCUCAAUCGAUCUCCUCCCCUCCUACCAUCGUGCCUUGAUUUCCAAUUAACUUGAUCGUCAUCCGAUCUCCCCUCCCCCUCCUCUUAUCCUCUCCCUCCCCAUUGUCCCCCUCUCGUCCGACACCGUGUCGUCGAAUGCUGCCGGACCGAAAGUGGCACGCUUCGCUUCUGCGACGAGUGCCUUCAGUGACAACGACCACUUGAACCCCCCUGCGCCCCCCACUUCUGGCCAGAACAUCGAGCUCCUCGACUAUCCCGUACGACCUGAGACUGCCCCUGGCGCACCUUCGUCGCAGACCGCAUCCCCCAAUCAGGACCCCCGAUCCAUUGACUCGUUCCGAGAGGCGAAAGAGCGUGCAUACCCCAGGCGGUAUCUCCGGGACAGACCCUUCACGCUUAAGUACUGGGUCGAGGCGCUUCACCGCCGCGCCCAUUAUCCCCAGGACGCCUCCAACAUGAAGUUCUCGCACAGUCUCCAGUUCAAUGCGGUGCCGGAAUGGAGCUCCCAUUACAUUGCUUACAGCAAUCUCAAGAAAUUGGUAUACACGUUGGAACAGCAGGUCCACAAGGCCAGUGGACGCCCCCAUACCGAUGUGGAAUCUGCCCCGUUGCUCGAUGAUUCCCCCAACCCGGACGCCGUCUUCCGCCACGCUCUCAACACCGAACUGGAUAAGAUAUGCCUUUUUUACGACGACAAGGAGGAUGAGAUCUUCCGGGAGGUCGAUGGCGUUGUCAAAGAGGCCGACGAUUAUGCGAUCAACUCCGCUGGUGUCAAUAUUGACCCGAUGAGCGAGAACAUGUUCAAAGCGCGAACGAUGAGUGCGGGAUCCCAGCCGCGACCGAUGGCUCCCUUCCGCGAUCACCUUCCGGAUGCCGAUCGACGUCGGAGCGCAAUUAGCGCGUCCGCGGCCGAGGGCUAUGACGAUGAUAGCGACGACGAGGCACAAGCCCAGGCCUCCCGUCCGGGAACCUCCCACUCACGUGGCGCAGAGUCCAACCCCCUGGAAGGAAACCACACCGACGGCAUGGGCGAUUCGAGCUACCUGGGCGACUCGCGACUGAUGCGCAGCCGCAGUGGGCCCCAGGUCGAACAUUUCACCGACCUCCACAUUCUGGACCUGUACAAUGCCGGCCUUUCGCUGAAGAAGCGGGCUGUUGACGCUUAUGUCUCGCUCUGCGGGCUCAAGUCCUUCAUUCAACUGAACCGCACUGGUUUCUCCAAGAUCCUCAAGAAGUACGAUAAGACCCUGGAUCGUAACCUCCGGCGGGAGUACAUGAACUCCACCGUGGCCUGCGCCUACCCCUUCUCAGAUUCGACCAUGACUACGGUGGAAGACCGCAUUCAUAUGAUGGAGAAAGUCUAUGCGGACGUGGUCACCUCGGGGGAUUUGCCGCUUGCCACACGCGAGCUGCGGCUCCAUUUGCGGGAGCAUGUGGUCUGGGAGCGGAAUACAGUCUGGCGCGAGAUGAUUGGUAUCGAGAGGAAAGCCCAGGCGGCCAAUGUCGGCAUCCGCCGGACCCUCCUGGGCGGAGAUGAAGAUCCCGCCACUGCACGGCGCCAGGGUGACGAACAGGAGGGGGGCACCAAGGAGCUCCGGACCCCCCUGGGCGUGUUCUAUCCGCCUCAGUGGCUCUGCAGCUUGAGCUUUGGGUCCCUCAUCCUCAUUUUAUGUAUCUUUGCGGCUUUGCUUGCUAGCCCUAUCAUGGAGAAGCCGGAGCAGCAAAAUUGUCUGGCCAUGCUGGUCUUUGUUAGUAUGCUGUGGGCUACAGAGGUCAUUCCGCUCUUCGUCACGUCUCUCCUUAUCCCCUUCUUGGUGGUCGUACUCCGCAUCAUGAAGUCGACAGACAAGCCCUAUCACCGUUUAGGGACCAAGGAGGCCACCGGUGCCGCGUUUAGCGCCAUGUGGACCCCCGUCAUCAUGCUGCUGCUCGGAGGAUUCACCAUUGCGGCGGCGUUGUCAAAGUAUGAUAUUGCUCGUCGCAUGGCCUUGGUGGUCUUGAGCAAGGCUGGCUCGAAACCGGGCAUGGUGUUGCUUGCCAACAUGUUCGUGAGCAUGUUUCUCAGCAUGUGGAUUAGCAACGUCGCUUCGCCGGUGCUGUGUUAUUCGAUCAUUCAGCCUCUGUUGCGGAAUCUUCCUCCUGAUUCCAGGUUCGCCAAAGCCCUUGUGCUGGGUAUCGCGCUUGCGGCCAAUGUAGGAGGUGCCGCGUCGCCCAUUGCGUCGCCGCAGAAUAUCAUCGCUCUGCAAAACAUGUCCCCGAACAUCAGCUGGGGCACGUGGUUCUUCAUCGCGCUUCCAGUCUGCAUCAUCUCCAUCUUGCUCAUCUGGGUGUUGUUGCUGAUUACGUUCAACGCCAACCACGGCACGACCAUUGUCCCCAUCCGACCGAUCAAGGAGAAAUUCACCGGCGUCCAGUGGUUCGUCACCUUCGUCACGUUGUCGACAAUCGCCCUGUGGUGCGGCAGCCAUCAACUCGAGCACGUUUUCGGCGACAUGGGCGUCAUCGCCAUCAUCCCGAUGGUCCUCUUCUUCGGAACCGGCAUCCUCAACAAAGAAGACUUUAACAACUUCCUCUGGACCAUCAUCAUCCUCGCCGCAGGCGGCCUCUGCCUCGGCAAAGCCGUCACCUCGUCGGGUCUCCUCCACACCCUCGCCGGCAGCAUCCGCGCCCAGGUCGAGCAUCUCAGUCUGUACGGCGUUCUGAUCGUCUUCUCCGCUCUGAUCCUCGUCGUCGCCUCCUUCAUCUCCCACACCGUCGCCGCCCUGAUCAUGCUCCCGCUCGUCCGUCAGAUCGGCGUCGGCAUGGACGAUCCCCAUCCUGAUCUAUUGGUCAUGGCCAGCGCCCUGAUGUGUUCCGUCGCCAUGGCCUUGCCAACCAGCGGUUUCCCCAACAUGACCGCCAUCAUGACCGAAGUGCCCCAAACCGGCCAGCGCUACCUCCAAGUCCGCCACUUCUUCACUCGCGGUAUCCCAGCCAGUAUCAUGUCUUUUGCAGUCAUCGUCACGCUGGGGUACGGAUUGAUGUAUAUAGCUGGAUUAUGAUCUCCCCUAGCUUUCUCUUUUCGAAGAUCCUCUUCUUGCCUCCUCACCCUAUCCACCCUGUUUUUUCUCCUCGAGUUUGAUACUAUACAAGAGGUUUUGUGACGAAUUAUCUUUCUUCUUUCUGCUAUCUUAUCUCACUGGUCUUGGUUCUCAAUGUUGUUUUUGAAAGAUUAAAGAUUGGAUGUGGGCGAUUUCCGUCUGUCAGUGAUUAGACGACUGCUAGUCAGUUAGCCUAGCUUAGCUUUGGUAUUAUUGCAUAUAAACUGUCAUCUCU